GACAACUCCAACUAUCGCAAUCUUCAGAAAAUCAACAUUGAACGUAAACACUCGAGACAGACCUAAACUGACAGGAGCUAUACAUCUUGUGUUCUGACCGGACAUUUCGAUUUUUCUUGACGAUUUUGAAUUGCCUUGCAUAAUGAAGUUUGUCAGAUUCCUGAUGAAGAACGCUGCUUUGGCCAACGUGCCAAAGCAUAUAGAUCAUUUCUCUAAAUUCUCACCAUCACCUUUGUCUAUGAAGCAAUUCUUGGAUUUCGGUUCUACAAAUGCCUGCGAGAAGACAUCCUUCGCCUUCCUCAGACAAGAACUCCCCGUCCGGUUGUCCAACAUCAUGAAAGAGCUCAACCUCUUGCCGGACCGGUUGUUGACUACACCAUCGGUGCAGCUGGUGCAACGCUGGUACAUACAAAGCCUUAUGGAGAUCUUGGACUUCCUCGACAAGAGCCCAGACGACCACAGUGUCUUGGAAUCGUUUGUUGAGUCCCUGGAGACCAUUAGGAACAGGCACAAUGAUGUGGUGCCCACUAUGGCGCAGGGCGUCAUCGAGUACAAAGACGCCUUCGGCCAGGACCCGGUCACGAGCCUGAACAUCCAGUACUUCCUGGACCGAUUCUACAUGAGCCGUAUCUCCAUCCGCAUGCUCAUCAACCAGCACACACUUGUUUUUGACGGGAACACCAACCCAGCCCACCCCAACACCAUCGGGUGCAUUGACUCCCUGUGUGAUGUCACUGAAGUGAUUCGAGAUGCGUUUGAGAGCGCCAAGAUGCUCUGUGAGCAGUACUACCUCGGGGCCCCUGAGCUGGAGCUAAGGGAGAUGAACUCCAACAAUGUCAGAGAUCCAAUCCAGAUCUCUUAUAUCCCCUCCCAUCUCUACCACAUGCUGUUUGAACUCUUCAAGAAUGCCAUGAGAGCUACAAUUGAGACCAAUGAAGUCAGCAACAACCUCCCACCCAUCAGAGUCAUGGUGGCCCUUGGCGGAGAGGAUCUGUCAAUCAAGGUGAUGGAUAGGGGUGGUGGUGUCCCCUUAAGAAAGAUUGAGACGCUCUUCAGCUACAUGUACUCCACAGCUCCCAGACCCGACUUCGGUGACAAUCAGCGGGCCCCACUGGCUGGUUUUGGAUAUGGGCUUCCCAUUUCACGCCUCUAUGCGCGUUACUUCCAAGGAGACCUGCAGUUAUACUCAAUGGAGGGUCAUGGUACCGACGCUGUCAUUCACAUGAAGGCAUUGUCCACAGAUUCAGUGGAGAGGCUUCCUGUGUUCAACAAGACAGCUCUGAAACACUACAAAGUCAACUUGGAGGCAGAUGACUGGUGUGUUCCCAGUAAAGAACCGCUGGACCUGGCCAUAUACAGAGUCGCCAAGUGAACUUUGACCUUUCAAUUACCUUAAGCCCUAAGGAGAGAGAAAAAGGGCCAAAUCUCAAUGGGACCUAAUGUUGAUGUGGUGGUGGGGGGAAAGACAUCACGACCAAUCCUGGAGAUCUAGAAGAGAGGAAGCUUCUGAUUGCACAGCUUUAAAACCCCUAGUGGUUUCCUGUUUCAGGAAGUGGGUAAACCCACUCACUUCCUGUCCCCACUAAUGUUGUGUUCCUAGGAAGGGGGGGUUCAGGGAGAGGGGACCGAACCAGUUGCCUUAGAAUGGCCAUCUUCCAAAGUGCAAGUGAUUGUCCAUCUCAAAUUAAACUGCUCCCUAAAUACGAGUAGUCUGAUCUGUAUGCUCCAUCCCACACCAAGGCCCUUAGCGGGAGCCUCCUGCCCCGCUUACAACACCUGGAUUUGGGGUUGACAGUGGAGGGGAGCAUGAACGUGAAGGAGCGGUGGCGGAGAAGGAGAAAAACCAAGGCGGAAGUGGGAGAUCUUGUCAUUCCGGUAGAACAUGGGAUCGACCAUUUCAGAGUUGAGAAGGUUUAGGUGAAGUACGUGGUCAUGACGGUAUUCACUGUGAAGAAUAGCCACUUCAUUUGAGUGUUGUUUCAGUGGAGGUCGCAUCAUUUCAAAUCCUUAUCAGAGUAUGGAGAACACACAAAAAGGGGGUGUUACUUAUCAGUUAUCAGUGUUGUAAAGCACGCUGACAGCCAGCGACUGGUUAGCCUUGUUGGCACCUCCCUUUGUUAGUCAGAUCAGCCAUGUCCGGUUAUAACCUGUUAUGAAGGUUGAAGUUGUAGCAACAUAACUACUCGACUGUAUCACAUAGUAUGUGAAACGUGUGUUAAGUUUCAUGAGUGCCUAUUGCCAAGUGGCCCACAUUUCAAACAUCAAACAUUCUAAUGUCCUUGAUAAGUGCCUAUGAAUGCAGACAGAACAGAUUGGGCACAAAUAUUAGCCAAUUGGACAUUGUUUUCCUGGUAUAAAAAUCCUUUAUUGUAUAUGGACCUACUUUUGUUUGGAUUGGUCAGUGAGAAAAAUGUAUACGCAACAUUGUUUCCAUUAGCUUGAACAAAAUGUCCAAAACGCGAGCAAGUGCAGAUGGCCGACUGUAGUUUGUAAUUGUGUUUGAUGGAAUUCCUUGCCUGUGUGAAUAGCUUGAGGUAGAAGGAAAAUGUGGAGAUGUAUUUCCUAAGAUGGACGACUGCACUAUAGAAGUUUGUUAAUGGUACCACCGUAGUGACAGUUUGUCCUGCUUUGCAAUAGCAUGAAAACUAUUGGUCCAGGUGUGUGUGCAUCCCUAAUUGUAGCUGACCCAGUCCACUGAUUAUCUUCUAAUCAAGCCAAAACACCAGUUUGGUUUGCAUUAUACUUGAAUUGAACAAAAUGUACAUUUCAAAUGUCUUAUUUUUAGGAAUAAAGUGAUUAUGUAAAAUAAAUUGUCAAAUAAUGAA